CGCGCACAGCAAUGAAGACCCAAUGCAGCCAAAAAUAAUGAAUGAAUGAAUUAAAUUUUUUUAAAAUGGAUCCAAACUCCUGUAACUACUAAGUGGCAGAGCUGGGUCUCAAACCCACAUCUGUGUGUCUGUGAAAACCAGGCACAGAAGCAGCACCUCCCAGCCUGAGGAAACGGGAUACGCAUCGUUCUGGAUUUACCAGUUAGAGAAGGAAGAAGUUAUUGGGUUUAUACAACCAGAAUCCUUGAACCUUGUGUUCAGUGGACCUCAGCUAAAGCAAAAUAUUGUAUGUAGCUCCACCGGAUCCAAGAGCCCCUCAAAAGGAAAACGAGGAGAACAAAGCAGGAGGAAGUGAGAGGGAUCCUCACAGUCAGUCUGGAGAGCACAGAACCAGCCACUCAGCCAGCCACCCAGCCAGCCACAGAACCAGCCAGCCACAGCACCAGCCACCCAGCCACAGAACUUGCCACCCACUCAGCCACAGAACCAGCUACUGCCAGCUCCGCAGCCUGUCUUUUCUUCCUUCUGGCAGCAGGUUUCUGCUUUUUUCUUUCUUUCUUUUUUUUUUUUUCAAUCCACAUGGGAAGAUUUCUAGUCAUUUUGCAGCUGAAUUCAAUAGAAAAAUAAUGUUUAUUCACUUCACAACCAGUUUGGCCAGAACACAUCUCUAUUCCGUGAAAUAACACACUGAUACAUUUACAAUUCAGAAUCGCAGGCACAUUCCUUGUGUCCGGUGGUGUGUCAGGCUGGAUGAAAUUAAAUAUUACUUUCCUUUUUCUUUGCUGUGGAUUCACUCGAGUUGCCCUCAUUAGGUGGCACUGGUGCUCUUGGGAGAAAUGCCAGCCUUCAGAGUAAAGGCCUGGCCAACCCAACCUCAUAAAGCUGCAGCAGACCCAAACCAAGAUGGGGAGGUGUGGGAACAGUAGGUGGACCCCUCUCACACACACACGCUCACACACACACACACACACACACACACACAAAAUCUGGCUUCCUUUCUGCCACCUUCCUGAAUCCGCUCACUCAAACCCGCUCACUAAUCAUCAAAGCCAACAGCAUCUCCUAGCAGCCCAUCUUCAGGCCUCCAGAGCCUUCCAUGCUCUAACCCUCCUUCCAGAACUUCCCUUCCCUCUCAGCUCAGGUUUGAUCCCCACCCCAAAGGCAGCCUUUCACAUUCUGAAUGUCUCCAAGCCCCAGUUUUCUCACCUUCUCUCUCAUGUGACAAUCUCAUCUCGUAUGCUUUCUGAUGACCUCGACAUCACUCACCUGGCAUCUCUCACAAACAUCAGCUCUCAAUUUCCAGCUUCCCUCAGAAAAUGGUUACCUGGAUAUCCCACAGCACAGCAAACUGUAUUUUUUUAAGUUGAACUCAUGCACUCAGUAUGGCUGUGUGGCAUCCAUAAACCAUGUCCAGCUGCAGGAGAACUACAAAGAUAAAAGACAAAGUGCAUCCUGCCAGGAACCAAAUCGGCCUGACAUCAUGUACGUUUGUCCCCUAAAGGGAAACAGUCGCGUGACUGCCCUGCCACGUUCUGCUCCAGAAGGAAGCACAGGCAGAUAACAUGGGCUUGGAACCAGUAUUUCAAACUUUUUAAACCUACCAUAAAAAUGCACAGAUCGUUGAUUUUGAUGAAUUUUGACAAUUGCAUCCAUCUGUGUAAGCACCACCCACAACAAGAUGUAAAACAUUUUCUUGAUCCCAGAACAUUCCUUUAAGCCUUUUUCCUGUCAGUUCCUCUCCCGACCCCCCAGGGAACACAUUCUGAUUUCUAUCUCUGCGGUUUGCCUGCUGUCAAUUCCCUACGAUCGGAGUGUGUCGUCUACUGUGUCUGGCUUCUCUCACUCAGCACGUUUUGCAAGAUUCGUCCACGUUAUUGAGAGUAUUAAUAAUUCAAAGCACUUUUUAACUCUGAUCCCCUGAGGGGCAGGUGAGUACUGUGUGGGUAAGACAUUUUUAGAGUUAUCAGUGGGCUGUCGUUCUUGGCUUUCUGAGAAGCUAACCUUCAUUUUGGACGAUAGCUCGUUGUCAUUGUUGUUUUUUCCAGGGCAAUAACUUUUAUCCAACAGCACACUAAAUAAAUAUGUUGAAAUCAGUGAUAUUUUGACCUCCAGGCAGGCAAAAACACAUCAGCCGUUUAACCAACAUGACAGUGUCUCAUCAAAGAAGACCGUAUGGCACAGAUUUGAAUUGUUCACCACGUUUGCACGAACCCCGUUUAACUGGGCGAGGAAACCCGGCCAGGAAGAUGCAGAGCAACACGUCCUAUGACUCUCGGCUCUUGUCACCACUGCGUGAUUCCGGCAUCUCCAAGAACCCUUGUGCUCAGCCUUUAUUUCUCCCUAAUGAUGUUUAUCUGUAUAUUCCUUGAAGUGUACCUUGAGAGCAAAGUAAUUGUGAGCCCAAAGGUUGAAACCUUAGAGAAGAAAACAUGAAGCAAGAAGGAUGAACUUAUAAGGCAUGAUUCCCUCCCAGCCUUCUUCCCUGGACCCCUCUUGCUCAUUUGGAGACAUUUGUCCAGGUGCAAGCACUGCAGCAGAGGGUCCCAGGUCCCAGCCUGUCGCAAAACCGGGCAUUGGCUCCAUCGAAGAAAACCAGGCCAGGCCCAAAGGAGGGAGGCCCUGGCGUCUAGCUCCCUGGAAGCGUCUUCAGGUGCCACUGCCGGGGUCCGUGGCCUGGCGAGAGCCCGUCUUGCAGUACCAGAGGUGCUGCCCCAGGCUCAAGAUCCUUGGUCACAGUGGCACAGACCUCAGAGGACAUUCCCCCGGGACCUGGAGAGAAGGACCUCACCCUAAGGACCCCACCUGCAGGGCAAGCCCCCAACACCCUAGGUGGGCGCUCACGAUGUGCCCUUUCUCAGCCCCUAAUCCACAAUCAAUGCCCCAGGACAGCGCCCCCGCAGGACAAGCCCCAGCCUAUCUCUGUGGUUUUCCUGGGCCCGUCUCCGUGUUCUUCCAAAUCCACACAUUCUUGAGAGUAAAGCACUACUGUGCAGUUCGGGAAGGACUCUUGGCGGCUUUACAGACAUCCCUUUUCUCUAACUCAUCACCUUCCUGUCAUCACAGCCACCACUCACCUUCUAAGCGUUAUUUCCAAGCAUCCCUUAUGCAUCACAAGUUGAUGUUCGCAGAACCAGCCACCUUCACAUCAGGCAGCUCUGAGGAAACCCCACCUAGAUUCAGAGUCCUUAAAUGGGACCUUUCUGACAACCUGGUUUCCACCCCGACCCCCCAGCCCCACUUUACCUAGAGAGAAAGAGGGCCCAGGAAGAUGAAAUGGCGGGUCCAUCCUGCCCAGCAAGCUUCCUCCCCCCGCGGCUCCUGCCACAGGCUGUGCCAGGCCCCUGCCCACAGAUGUGGAUUAAUCGAGGAUUAAUCGACAGAAGUGCUUGGAGCGCCAUCAGAGGUGGGGACCCAGGAGCAGUGAGAUGCUCAUCGCACAGGUGCUCCCAGGAGGUGCCUGGAAGGGAUGGGGACAGGGGCACCGGGGGCGGGCAGCCGUGCAGGGGCCACCUCCGUGGACCUCGGCCUGACCCAAGGGAGCUGCGGAGUGCAAGUCACCUUGCGCGUCCUCAGCCCAGAGCAGGGGAGCCAGCCCCCCAACCCGCACACCGUCAGUCCAGGGACAGAAACACCCAUGAAACGUACAUGUGGGAGCAUAAACCAGUCCAUUCCUCUUCUCUGUUGCGCAUCUGCCGCUCUCUGUGUAUUUGGGGAGGGACUCCAGUGGCCUCAGGGCAGCUCCCUGAAGAUCAUAGACGUCCGGGGUGGGGGUGGGGGGGCCGCGGUGGGAGAGCU